AGUCCUUUUCUUUUCGGUUGGUGGUUCCUUCUCUUCCCCAUUACACCUCCUCCUACUCUAUCCCUAUGCAUUGUUGUGGCACUCAACUUCUCUGUAGUUUUCAUGUGAUUUUUGCCUUAACUGUAAAACUCUCUGUCGAUGCCGAUUGGCUUUGAUGGCUAUGCUUUUCUUUUUUCAACUUUUGUUCUUUUCUUUCUCUUCUUCAGUUGUCUAGUGUAGGAUAGGCAUUUCAUUGCCUAGAUCUGGCUGGCUGGCUUCGAUGCUUAUUUUUCUAGUAAAAGAAACUUUUUGUUUGCUCUUAAUUAUGCCGGCUCAAAAUCAAGUAUGUUAACAAAUCGUAUUCUUCUUCUGUUAUAAUUGCACCCAUCACUUGUUUUGGUUUGCCAAAUCCUUUUAUAUAUAUAUAUAUAUAUCUUCUGGGUUAUUUCUUGCUCAACCAGCCUCAAGUAUUUUGAAUUUUGUUCUUGGGGGUUGAGAGCAUUUUGCAAGUAGAUGAUGAAGUUGGAAUGGAAACAAUCCUUUACUGACACACAUAGUGGAUUCCACGUCCCUUUUAUUUCUUGACACACUCUAUGCAAGUUGUUGGGAUGGCCAGUGGAAUAGAUGGGAUUAUGCUACCAUUCAGAUUUUUCCAACCAAAAACAGGUAUGAGAUAUUUGUUUGUGGUGAUGAUGAAGUUGAGAAAUUAGCUGUUGGCCUACUGGAGCAAAUCUUGCCACAUUUGCCAGAAGUACAUAAAAUUUAUGCUAAAGGAUCUAAUGCUAUCUUCAAACUACAAGUAACAGGAGAACUCAGCAAUGUACCAUGGUUCACAAUAUCAACUUUGAACAGAUUCCUGCAACUUGCUGGCUCGCCUGAUUUAGUGAAUACCAGCAGGAUUAUCGAGGGUGAGAUUUCUCAAUUGGAGGAAGCCAGAAAAUUUCAUCUUUCUUUAUAUGCUCAGGGGCAUCAGGAUCGUUCUCAAAGUGGGGAAACAGAUGGAAAUGACUCAAUUGAGACAGAACCAACACUCAAAGCUGAAGUGAAAAUUGCAUUAUCAGAUACAUCAAAGAAUGAAUUGCUGCGAGCUAUGGAUCUGAGGCUUACAGCAUUAAAAAGAGAAUUGGCUACAGCCCUAAACCACGCUUUUGGUGCCAUAUGCUCCUGUAAAGAAAUCACUUCUUUAGUAGAGUUUUGUGAAUAUUUUGGCGCAACAGUUCUUAAGAAUUCUUUAUGCAAAAUCUUAGAAUUGAGCCAAAAGGGUGAGGCAGCUGUACUUCUAAAUGAUGACAAAAAUUCAUUAACAAUUGACAAAGUAAGUAAGAUGGAUGAAGAUACUCCAAUUUCAAGACCGAUAUAUUCAAUACUACCGGUAAAAUAUGGUGUUUCACCAGCCAAGGCUGCCCAGGUUGAGCGACAGAGCUCAAUUGAUAGUGGGGAGCCUUCAGACUCUAGCGAUCAAAAUAAAAAAUCUGCAGAAAGAGGUCGAGCUAUUUCAAGAUCAGCAGCACCCAGAAGGUCAGCAUCCCCAAUGCGGAGGGUUCAAAUUGGGAGAACUGGAUCACACAGGGCAGCUGCACUAACAAUUAAGAGCCUCAAUUUUUAUCCUAACAGAGAAAGGACAUCAUCUCAUAGAGAUGAAGCUGAAAUUAGUAGGGAGGAUGAAGGAUCAGAACAAUCCAGUAAGAAACCUGAGAGUAAUGUCCAAAGAAUGAGUGUUCAAGAUGCAAUCAGUCUUUUCGAAAGAAAACAAAAGGAUCAAAGCAUAGAUGCCCAAAAAAAGAGCUCAUUGUCGAACAAUUCUCUUUGUACAAAUAAAGCUGUUUUAAGAAGAUGGAGUUCUGGUGUCGCAGAACUUUCCAGUCUCUGCCAACAAGAACUAAGUUUUGAAGACUCUGUUCCUCUGCCUUGCAAUGAUAUUGCAGAUAAAGAAAUCUCAAAGAAUUUGAUCCAAGAAAAAUUAGAGUCUGAUAUUACAUCAGGAUGUCAAAAUCCUGUUGAUACUGCUGAAGCUGAUGGAGAGUUGGAAAGAUGGGAAGAAAAGGGACAGCAUGUAGUGGAUUUUGAAACAGAUGCUAAUGCUGCUCAUGGAAAGGAAAGAAAUGAAAGGACACCAGACUCGGUGGAAUGGAGUCGGCAAAAGGAAGCAGAACUGAAUCAGAUGUUAAUGAAAAUGAUGGAAAGCCGGCCUGUGAAAACCCAAAAGCCUAAAACUGUCAAAAACCAAAAUAUCCCAUCUGAGCAGAGGGGUGGAUUUUAUGAUCACUACAAGGAGAAGAGGGAUAGGAAACUUCGAGGAGAGAAUGCUGAAAAGAGAGCAUAAAAAGAAGCGCAAUUUAGAGUGAUGCAGCAAAUUCUUGAUGGGAGGAUAGCUGAAAUAGCUACAGUAUAUGUAGAGGAUGUUGGUAAGAAGCAUCUGCCAAGCAGAGCACAAAAAUCUAUCAAGAAUCCAUCUCAACCUGCAAAUCUCAGAAAAGACAGCCCAAAAUCUUCUGUCACAAAAAAGGUUUCAUCUAAAACAUCGAACUUGCCUGCCAAUCUAAAAUCAUGGCCAUCAACACCACCAAUCAGAGAACCAUUAUCAUCUCCAUCAAAAACUCCUUCAGGGAUCUCAUCUGCUGGUGCCACACUAAGAAGUCGGAAACCCCAGCCUGCAACAUCACUUCCUCGAUCAAAUCCUAAAGUUGAAAGAUCCCAGCCUCAGCACAGAAAUGUGAAGGAAACAAGAACUGAAGCUGACAGGAGGUUGAAGGGAGUAAAAGAGAAGAUGCAGCAAACUGUAAUGAAAAGUGGAAAAAACACAAAAGUUGUUGCAGUUGCUGAAGAUUGUUCUGAUGUCGUUCCAUUGAAGCCUAGUUUCUAUAAUAAGGUUACCAAAAAAAGCAGUGUAGUGCCAGUGGAAGUGAAACCGUUCCUCCGCAAGGGAUCUAGAAGUGGCCCUCCCAUUGUGAAAAAGACAAGAGCUUCCCAGCUGCUGGAGUCUUCUGUAAACUGUGGGAGUAAGUCAGAAACUAGAGAGAAAGUGGCUAAAGAGAAUGAGGUGGUUGUUAAUGCUUCUGUCCAGAUUAGCGAGCAUGAAGAUCAGGAUGAUGUGCCAGCGAGUCAUUUUGAUGGUGCUACGGAGUUGGAAACUGUGGAAAAUGGCCAUCAGAAUUCUGGUGAGAUGGAGAACUUCAAUGAGCUUGUCGCUGAUGCAGAUGAUAGCUUCAAAUAUAUGGUUCAAUCUUUGGCAAAUUUCCAGUUCCAUGAAGAUUCAGUUAUCUCCCCUAGUGCAUGAGUGGAAAUAGAAGAGCAACAGAAUCUGCCUUGCACGAAUGAUGAUGACACAACUCAACAUAGCUCUCCAGUCCUUGUUGCACCUGUAGGAUUGCCACGUCAAGGUGUUCGUCAUUCUCUUUCACAGAUGCUGCAAAAAGACAAUAAAAGUGAACCUGAUAUUGUCGAGUGGGGAAAUGCUGAAAAUCCUCCUGCAGUGGUGUAUCAAAAAGAGGCUCCCAAAGGGUUGAAGAGGCUUUUGAAAUUUGCUCGGAAGAGUAAAGGAGAUGCAAAUAUGACAGGUUGGUCUAGCCCAUAUGUUUUUUCUGAAGGAGAAGAUGAUGGUGAGGAAUCCAAAGCUAUCAAUAAGAGAAACACCGACAAUCUACAGAGAAAGGCAGCCCUUCAUUCGAAAAACCAUGGGAAGCAACAGAGUUCUUUCUUCGAAGGAUAUGACAGAAAUGUGAAGGCUCACGAACUUCCAUUGGCUCAAUCAAACAUAAGCAAAUUCAAUGCCCAGAGUUCGCAUCAGUUGCAUAAGGGUCAUUUCUCAACUGCAGCCUCUACAACUAAAGCAACAAGGUCAUUCUUCUCUCUUUCAGCGUUUAGGGGCAGCAAACCAAAUGAGACCAAGUUCCAUUGAUAUUGGGAUGAAUGCAAAAUAUCAGUCAUCUGUUUCCUCCUAGAAUCCACAUACAAGGCUACGCUUGGCUUCUGGGAAAAAUUUCCUUCAUCUUCAUUCACAGUUCCUCUAUGGUUCUGCACGCAUUUCAGAGGGUUGGACCAUCCUUGUGUUUCCGCAUAUUACAAUGACCAAGGGUAUUGCAUAUCGAGCAGAUGUCUAGGAUCAGUAUUAGUAUUCUGCAGAACAUACGGAUUCUUGCAUUUUACAAACCCUGUGCCUGUGGAGGAUGUUAAACGCCAAAGAAUCCAUUAACAACUGACCUAUUUGUUUGGCUGUAUUAUUUUUUCACUUCAUUAUAUUAUAUUGAAUUUGAAGUCUUUGAGGUU